CCUCCCGCCAGCGCGGGUGAAGGGCCCGCGGACGUUCUCGGGCUAUAAAGGGCCUUGGGCGGCCCCGCCCUCGCCGCUUUCCUCCAGGCUCGAGCGCCCGUCCGGCUCAGGCUCCGCUCGACCCUCUCCAGCCUCGGCUACUCGGGCUGCGGCGGAAGAUGGCGGCUCCGGCCGACUGCUCGGAGGCGGCGCUGGCUGCUGCCCUGGCGGACGUGCCCGAACUAGGCAGACUUCUGGAGGUUGACCCGUACCUGAAGCCCUUCGCCCAGGACUUCCAGCGCAGGUAUAAGCGGUUUACCCAGACUUUGAACGACAUCGGAGAGAAUGAAGAUGGUAUCGAUAAGUUUUCCAGAGGUUAUGAGUCAUUUGGGAUCCACAGAUGUGCUGAUGGUGGUUUAUACUGCAAAGAAUGGGCUCCCGGAGCAGAAGGAGUUUUUCUUACAGGAGACUUCAAUGAUUGGAACCCCUUUUCAUACCCAUAUAAAAAACUGGAUUAUGGAAAAUGGGAGCUGUAUAUACCACCAAACCAGAAUAAAUCUCUAGUACCUCAUGGAUCCAAAUUAAAGGUGGUUAUUAGAAGCAAAAGUGGAGAGAUUUUGUAUCGUAUUUCACCAUGGGCGAAGUACGUGGCUCGUGAAGGUGACAAUGUCAAUUAUGAUUGGAUACACUGGGAUCCAGAACACCCAUAUAAAUUGAAGCAUUCCAGGCCAAAGAAGCCAAGAGGUGUAAGAAUUUAUGAGUCUCAUGUGGGAAUUUCUUCCCAUGAAGGAAAAAUAGCUUCUUAUAAACAUUUUACAUGUAAUGUACUACCAAGAAUCAAAGACCUUGGAUACAACUGCAUUCAGAUGAUGGCAGUCAUGGAGCAUGCUUAUUAUGCCAGUUUUGGGUACCAAAUCACAAGCUUCUUUGCAGCUUCAAGCCGUUACGGAACUCCUGAAGAGCUGAAAGAACUGGUUGACACAGCUCACUCAAUGGGCAUAACAGUCCUGUUGGAUGUGGUACACAGCCAUGCUUCAAAAAACUCAGAAGACGGGUUAAAUAUGUUUGAUGGGACAGAUUCCUGUUAUUUUCAUUCCGGACCUAGAGGGAAUCAUGAUCUUUGGGAUAGUCGAUUGUUUGCCUACUCUAGCUGGGAAGUUUUACGGUUCCUUCUGUCAAAUAUAAGAUGGUGGUUAGAAGAAUAUGGCUUUGAUGGGUUUCGUUUUGAUGGUAUUACGUCCAUGCUCUAUCAUCACCAUGGAAUGGGUCAUGGUUUUUCAGGUGAUUAUCAUGAAUACUUUGGACUACAAGUAGAUGAAGAUGCCUUGACUUAUCUCAUGUUGGCAAAUCAUUUGGUUCACACAUUGUAUCCAGAUUCUAUAACAAUAGCUGAGGAUGUAUCAGGAAUGCCAGCUCUGUGUUGUCCAAUUUCCCAGGGAGGGUGUGGCUUUGACUAUCGAUUAGCCAUGGCAAUUCCAGAUAAAUGGAUCCAGCUACUUAAAGAGUUCAAAGAUGAAGACUGGAAUAUGGGCAACAUAGUUCACACACUAACAAACAGACGCUACCUUGAAAAGUGCAUUGCUUAUGCAGAGAGCCACGAUCAGGCACUCGUUGGGGAUAAGACACUGGCAUUUUGGUUGAUGGAUGCUGAAAUGUAUACCAACAUGAGUGUUCUGACCCCUUUUACUCCAGUUAUUGAUCGUGGAAUACAGCUUCAUAAAAUGAUUCGACUCAUUACUCAUGCCCUUGGUGGAGAAGGUUACCUCAAUUUCAUGGGUAAUGAAUUUGGGCAUCCUGAAUGGUUAGACUUCCCAAGAAAAGGAAAUAAUGAGAGUUACCAUUAUGCCAGAAGGCAGUUUCAUUUAACUGAUGAUGACCUUCUUCGUUAUAAGUUUCUAAAUAACUUUGACAGAGAUAUGAAUAAAUUGGAAGAAAGAUUUGGUUGGCUCUCAGCACCACAGGCCUAUGUGAGUGAAAAGCAUGAAGACAAUAAGGUCAUCACUUUUGAGAGAGCAGAUCUUCUUUUUAUUUUCAACUUUCAUCCAAGCAAGAGCUACACUGAUUACCGAGUCGGAACAAAAUCACCAGGAAAAUUCAAAAUUGUGCUAGAUUCAGAUGCGGCAGAAUAUGGAGGACACCAGAGACUGGACCACAGUACCGACUUCUUUUCUGAGGCUUUUGAACAUAAUGAGCGUCCUCAUUCUCUCUUGGUGUACAUUCCAAGCCGAGUGGCCCUCAUCCUUCAGAAUGUGGAUCUGCCCAACUGAAGUGACUGGAUUUCAGCUCCACCAGGGAAAGAUGUGUGUUUUGUUUUUCUAUUCUCAUUGCAACAUAGCUCAUAAUGUUAAGUUUUCCAAAAUACAGUGUCCAGCCAAGACGUCAGAUGUCUGAAGUUCAAUACUGGCUUCUGCAAAUGAAUGUCAAACUUUUCUUUAAGAAGUAGAUAAGAAUGUUUUUGAAAUUUCAGGGAUCUUAGACUAUAUUUUCCAUAUAUCUAAGCAGCUAGAAUUAUCAAAUGAAGUAUUAUAUGUCCUUAAACAUUGUUUUCCUGGCUAGUUAUUUGAUGCUUUUAAAUUCAAAUUUGAAUCAUGUGUCGUGUAUGAUUAUUCCUGUUUAAUGUCUCCAUUAAUUUUUUAACAUGGAUAUUAGGAGGUUUUAUUUGUUCUACUAUCUCAUUGUCUAACUUAAGAGGUACCAAGAUUGUUGCUAUGUUUUUUCAAAGUAUAUUUACAAAUAAUAUAAUAAAUAUGUAGCAAUAAUAUGAAUUAUGUAGGUAACAUAAAAGUCAUUAUCUAUGAA